AUGCCUUCGGCACCCCGUCAUCAUUUGACAAGCGAUGCCUUCGGCACCCCGUCAUCACCUUCGGCACCCUGCCAUCAUCCGACGAGAGCGACGCCUUCGGCACCCCCGUCAUCAUCUGACAAGCGAUGCCUUCGGCACCCUGUCAUCCUUAGACGAGAGCGAUGCCUUCGGCACCCUGUCAUCAUCCGACGAGAACGAUGUCUUCGGCACCCGUCAUUUGACACGAGCGAUGCCUUCGGCACCCUGUCAUCAUCCGACGAGAACGAUGCCUUCGGCUCCCCGUCAUCAUUUGACAAGAGAGAUGCCUUCGGCACCCUGUCAUUAUUUGAUAAAAGCGAUGCCUUCGGCACCCUGUCAUCAUCCGACGAGAGCGAUGCCUUCGGCACCCGUCAUUUGACACGAGCGAUGCCUUCGGCACCCUGUCAUCAUCCGACGAGAACGAUGCCUUCGGCACCCUUUCAUCAUUUGACAAGAGAGAUGCCUUCGGCACCCUGUCAUUAUUUGAUAAAAGCGAUGCCUUCGGCACCCUGUCAUCAUCCGACGAGAGCGAUGCCUUCGGCACCCGUCAUUUGA